AAUUGUUAAAAUAUCAAAAUGAUAGUAAUGAUAAUAACCAAGUUGAAAAAGAAAGAAAUCUAGUCUCUAAAAAUAAUAAAAAAUCUUUGAAAUCAGAGUUACAUUUGGAUAAUAACUAUAAUUUUGAAAUACAAGUCAAAAGUAUAUCUAAAACACCAUACUUUAAAAAUAAAGAAUCUAGUUAA